CAACAGAAAAGUGCAAACACAAACAAGAAGACGGCUACUGAUAUGAACACUUUUCUCCGCUACAUGGAAGCUAAUAGUAUGAAAAAUGGGAAAAUUGAAAGCUUACCUGCGCCCGAGCUUGACCACCUUUUGUCGAAAUUUUGUUUGAACGCACGCAAGAAAAAUGGAGAAGAGUACGAGCCAGCAAAAGUUUCCAGUUUUCAGCGCAGUAUACAGCGAUACUUAAGUGAGAAGAAAUAUCCAUUUAACAUACUCAAGGACAAUGAGUUCGAAAAAUCCAGAAAAGUCCUUGCAGCGAAGCGAAAGUCACUUGUUCACGACCACGGCAAAGGAAACAAACCGCAAGCUGCUCAGGCUAUCGACGAAGACGAAGAGGAUGCCCUUUUUUGAAGCAAGAGAAUUCGGCGACUCCAAUCCAGUUGCGCUUCAAAGAACUGUGUGGUGGUUUUUAUCAUUACACUUCAGUUUCCGAGCAAGAGACGAAAGUCUUAAGUUACGCUGGGGUGACGUUCAGCUUCAACAGCAGUAUGAUGGCCAAGAAGUCUUGGUUUGGUUGGUCGAGCGAGGCACAAAGACCCGACAUGGUCAGGAGAGAGGACACCAAAGAGCCUUCCAGCCAAAGAUUUAUGCCACCAAUACAGCGAGUUGUCUUGUCAGUUUUUACAAAAAAUUCCGCAGUCACCGGCCAGUGCAAAAUGAGCGCACCAGAAUCAUCAUUUUACUUGGCGGUCCGGCAUACAGUAUGUUGCCCAGUAUCCGGACACUUCAGUUUAAGAUUGCAAUAACUUUCCUUUGUUAAUCGCAAGAGCUCUGAAAUUUGGCCCAGAGAAAAUCUAUCUAGUUCUUAACACGACGAAAGACAGUUUAACUUUUUUGCCUUUUUUUCCAUCGCGAAAUUAAUGUUUUUGCAGAGCUCCUAUGUUGCCCAGUAUCCGGACACAACAAUAACAAAGUAAUUGUACAUAAAUUUCGACACGCAAGCGACUUUUAAGCUUCUCUUGCACUUGCAAAGUAGUCUGACAAUCGAUUCCAAAAAUAUAACCUACCAUCGUGAAAUAAAACAUAACAAAUGACUGGGGUAUGGUGGGGAACGCGAGCGGCUGUUUCAAAAAUGGUAUAAUUCUCACUCCCUUGUCUAGGAAUUUUUUCACUGGUUUAAGGAAGGCAUCCGUGGACAUGCCGAAGCCGCAGUUUGCAAGCUCAAUUAGCUAAUCUGCAAACGACUUUUUUUCUUCAUUUUUUAUUUUAAAAAAAGAGCUUGGGGAAGGGACAUCAAUCCGACGGUCAAAGGUCACUCUCCUAUUUAGUCUGACCUGCAGUGUUGAUUUCUUUAUGCUCAGACCUAACAAUAAGCCUGCUUUUCUAGCACUAAUUCCUCCUUCUUUCACAUCUCUCAAUCCCUUUGUGACAUUUUUCAGACCGUUGCAACCCCAUUCUAGCAGUCGCAACUGGGGAGAGCAUGAGAAUUCCAGGUUCAACUCAGACGCUUUCGGUUAUAUAUAGAAAAAGCUAGAAAAUGCAGUCACGCGAAACAAGCCGUGCACACGAAAUCAAGUCGCCUCUGAAUGAGUGAAGAAAAGUUCCAUAAGGAGUUGAGUAGAAUUACAUUUUACGACUAUAUCAUAUAUCCUAAGCUUUAAUUAUAGUUACUGAUAUGAAAUAAAUCUUAUCCGGAUAAUGUACACGGCUAAUUCAUCGAUUCUGUACGGCAAAUGAAAAACUGUCCGGAUACUGGGCACCUGACAUCAAAACUUAGUGAAUGUUUCUGGCCUCCGUUAUUCCAAACAAAUCAAAUUUGAAGAAGAAUUAAUAAACUUUCUCGAAAUCUGACUUCCUUAAGUAUCUUCACUUUAAAAAUAAAACGGUCUCUUUGAAAAUAUUACACAUUAGCCUCCCUUUUCUGUGCAGCACUAAUUUUACUGCGCGGUAAACAGCGUAAAUAUUAGCCAUGAAAAGUUUACUCACCUGAACGGAACGGCGUCUUCUGCGACUGUUUCACAAGCUUUCAAAUCGCCAAAACUUUCAUUCGAAAUACUUCGUUUACCGAGAACUGAAAAGGGCGCCUCAAAAAUUGAGUUUUUGUUUCAAGUGUCCGGAUACUGGUAUCGUCCGGAUACUGGGUAACAUACUGUAAUCGACGAUCAAAUGAAGAAGUUUGGUAUAUGAAGGCACCCCUCGAAAAAAUGAAAUGGGAAAGUUUCUGUCCACUGCAGCGAAGAAUGCUGGCCUUCACAAAGAGGGAAAAAAAGUAACUAAUCAUUCUGUCAGGAAACCCUGUAUUUCGAGGCUCCUUGAUGCUGAUGUUCCAGAGAACUUUGUAGCCCAACUGAGUGGCCACAAAAGCUCGGAGAGUUUAUAG